AUGAGCGCUUCUUCGGUUGCACCUCCACCAGCUAAAGAAGCCUUGGUUAUUAUAUUUGAUGUUGGUAAAUCGUUGGGAACAAGAUCGCGGGAUGAAUUUGAGAAGGCUAAAAGAGCCAUUACUCUUCUCAUCAAAAUGAAGAUGAGAUAUAGUCCAAAGGAUGAAGUAGGAUUUGUUCUUGUUGGUACAAAGAAAACUAAAAAUCAUCUCAAUGAUGAAUACGAAGGAGAAUAUGAAAAUAUUUAUAUUGAACAAGCUAUUGAUACGGUAUCAUUGGAUCUUUUUAAAAUUGUUGAUAGUAUUAAUAUUGACACUAUCGGAAUGUCACCUGAAGGUGAUUUAUUUGAUGCUGUUAUUGUUGCAACAGACAUGAUCAAGGACAGAUGUGGUAAACGUAAAUAUGCCAAGAGAAUUGUUAUUGUUUCAGAUGCUGGUGGAACUGAAAUUUCAGUUGAUAAUGACACUAGAGAAAAUAUUUAUCAAGGAAUGAGGAAUCAAGAUGUUAAAGUUAAUGUUAUUGGUUUGGAUUUUGUAAAUACAGAAGUUAAACUUGAAGAUGAUAAUGGAAAGAUUGUUGGAAAGACACCAAAAUUGAGAAAUGAAAUCUUCUUAUGUGAUAUGUGUAAAAAUGUUGGUGGUAUUGUAAUUCCAAUUCAACAAGCCAUCGAUACUCUUUUACUAUUCAAGAGUAAAAAGGUCUUGUCAAGAACAACCUUUAGAGGAAAUUUAGAUAUUGCAGGAAAUAUCAAGAUACCAGUUUGGGUUUACAAAAAAACCGAAAAGACCUCUCUUCCAACAGCUAAACGUCUCUCCCUUGUUUCUAGAAGAGCCAACACAGGUGGUGAUGGAGAUGUUCAAAUGGAAAGAUGUUACUAUUCAUACGAUGAUCCAGAUAAUCAAAUUGAAAAGGAUAAGACUGUUAAAGCAUACAAGUAUGGUAAAAACUUUGUUCCUUUCAAUAUUGUUAACGAAAAGGCACUCAAAUACAAAUCAUCUAAGGGUAUUACUGUAUUGGGAUUUACAGAUGAAAAGAAUAUAGAUAGAUCUCACUUUAUGGCAGAAACCUAUUCAUUCAUUGCCAAACCAGAUGAUCCAUUUGCACAAAUUGCAUUAUCAUCAUUUAUCAGAGCCCUUUCUGAAUUGGAAAUGGUCAUGAUUAUUACAUAUGUAUAUAGAGACGAUCUUGAACCUAAACUUGGAUUCUUGUACCCACACAUUGGUACAAAUUCUGAAUGUUUAUAUUUCAAUGCACUUCCAUUUGCUGAAGAUAUCAGAGAGUAUCCAUUCAAAUCCUUCUCUACAGUUAAACAUUCUGAGGAACAACUUCAAGCAGCUGAAGAUUUAAUCAAAUCAAUGGACUUGAUGGAUGCUGAUGAAGAUGAGAAUGGUGAAAAAUCCGAAGCUAUGAAACCAACCUGUAUUUAUAAUCCACUUGUACAACACUUUUAUGAUUGUCUUCAUGUGAGAGCUCUCAAACCUAAUGAUCCACUGCCUCCUGUUGAACCACUCAUUACAAAGUUUUGUUAUCCUGAAAUGAAUCCAGAAUCAUUCUAUUACAAAUUAAUGGAAAAAACUAAGGAACAUAGACUUAAAUUCAAAUCACUAUUCCCAACUAAGGAAGUUGAAGCUGACUCAAAACUAGGAAAGAGAAAAUAUUGGUUUGCUAUGGGAGAAAAUGAAAUUACACUCGAUUCUUACAAUUUGGAAGAAGUAGCAGAAAAUGUACAAGGCACAGCCCUUCUGGAAUCAGAUCAUGUUGGACAGGUUGUUAAACGUCUCAAGGAUGGUGCCUAUGAUGGUAUGAGUGAUGCUCAAUUCAAUGAAGUACAACAACGUGUUGGUCUUAAUAAUUUAUUUAUGGAACAAGCCAACUCUGUCAAGACAACAAAUCCAACAAAGGAUUUCUCAGAAAUGCUCAACAGAAAGGAUGUGGAUAUGGUCGAUAAAGCCAUUCAAGAAAUGCAAGUUGUCAUAUUUAAAUUGGUCAAUGAUUCUAUUGAAGAUCAAUACUAUGAAAAAGUCUUGGCCUGUAUCAAGACAUUGAGAGAAGGUUGUAUCAGAGAAGCUGAACCUAAUCAGUUCAAUAACUUCUUAAAGAAACUCAAACAAUCCUAUUCUAAGGGUAAGAGAGAAGAUUUCUGGUGUUCCUUCAUUGUACAAAAUAACAUUUCCCUCAUCACUCAAGAUGAAUGUGAUGAAAGUGAGGUAACAGAAGAUGAAGCCAAGAAAUUCCUCACUGAAGCCGUUAUUGCUGCUGUCAUUCAAGAAGAGAGUGAGGAUGAAAAGAUUGGUGAUAAUGAUCUCUUUGAUCAAUUGGAAUAAAUAACAUUGUUUUC